GGGAUCGGCGAAGGCGCCGGGGCGCAGACCGGACGGAGCUGGGGACAGUGAUGAGCCAGCGUGCGAGGAGGCUGCGCGCCACCGCCGCCCGGAGCAUCUGCCGCCCGAGCUGCUGCGCGCGGUCCCGGCCCCGGCCAUGGAAACGCUGAACGGUCCCGCGGGCGGCGGCUCCCCGGACGUGAAACCGCAAUCUCCGGGCCAGCACCACCGCCACCACCACCUCCACCCGCUGGCUGAGAGGCGGCGGCUCCACCGUGCGCCGUCGCCCGCCAGACCCUUCCUCAAGGACCUGCUCGCCCGGCCCGCCGCAGCCGGCUCUCCCCCCGCCGGCCCCUCCUCGGGCCGAGCCCCGGCGCCCGCUGCCCCGCGCUCGCCCAACCUCGCGGGCAAGGCGCCGCCCUCCCCGGGGCCCCUGGCCGCGCCCGGCCACCUCUCCCGGCGUAGCGGCGGCGUCCCCGGCGCGAAGGACAAGCCACCGCCGGGCGCUGGGGUCAGGGCGGCGGGCGGCGCCAAGGCUGCCCUGGGAACCAGGAGGGCGGCGCGUGCGGCGCCUUCCGAGCCGCUGGCCCGGGCGGGGAAGCCUCCUGGGGCCGAUCCGCCGCCCGCCGCUGCCAAGGGCCGCAAAGCCAAGCGCGGCACCGGGGCCGUCCCCGCCCGCACCAUUAACUCUUCGGCCCCGGCCGCCCGGAUCCCUGCCGUGACCCUGGCCGUGAGCUCGGCGGCCGGUUCCCCGGCUCGAGGCUCGCGCGUCAGCCACACGGACAGCAGCUCCGACCUCUCCGACUGCCCCUCUGAACCCCUGUCGGACGAGCAGCGCCUGCUUCCAGCCGCUAGCAGCGAUGCCGAGUCCGGGACCGGCUCCAGCGACAGAGAAGCCCCGCGCGGAGCGCCCACGCCGAGUCCAGCAGCCCGCGGGGCGCCGCCGGGCAGCCCCGAGCCCCCCGCGCUCCUCACCGUGCCCCCCGCCGCCGGCGCCUGUCCCGGGGGCCGGAGCAGCCCGGGCGGGGUCUCCACGGGGUCAGGAGCUGCGGAGGAUGCCCGGGGGCGCACGCCGCCCGAGAGACCGGUCCCCGGGACCCCCAAGGAGCCCAGCCCCCGCGAGCAGCCCCGGCUCGUGCCGGCGGUGCAGGAGGAGGAACUGCUGCGGGAUAUGGAGGAGCUGCGCUCGGAGAACGACUAUCUCAAGGAUGAGUUAGACGAACUCCGUGCUGAGAUGGAAGAAAUGAGAGACAGUUAUUUGGAGGAAGAUGUUUACCAGCUGCAGGAACUCCGGCGAGAACUGGACCGUGCUAAUAAAAACUGUCGAAUCCUGCAGUACCGUCUCCGGAAAGCAGAGCAGAAAAGCCUGAAAGUGGCUGAGACAGGGCAGGUGGACGGCGAGCUUAUCCGGAGCCUGGAGCAGGACCUGAAGGUGGCCAAAGAUGUGUCUGUCAGAUUGCACCAUGAACUUGAGACUGUAGAGGAAAAGCGCACGAAAGCCGAAGAUGAGAAUGAAACUCUCCGACAGCAGAUGAUUGAAGUGGAAAUAUCCAAACAGGCCCUCCAGAAUGAGCUGGAGAGACUGAAAGAGAGUUCCCUAAAAAGAAGAGGCAGUCGGGAAAUGUACAAAGAGAAGAAAACCUUUAAUCAGCAGAAUGGUGGACUGGCGCGCCUUGGGAACUGCAGGUCUGCGGCCAAAAUUCAAAAGAAGCUGGUGCCCCUGCGCAAGGAUGACAGUGCCGAUCUGAAGUGCCAACUGCAGUUUGCCAAAGAGGAAGCCUCGCUGAUGCGCAAGAAGAUGGCCAAGCUGGGGCGGGAGAAGGACGCGCUGGAGCAGGAGCUCCAGAAGUACAAGUCCCUCUAUGGCGACGUGGACAGCCCCCUCCCCACAGGGGAAGCGGGCGGGCCACCCAGCACCCGGGAGGCAGAGCUGAAGCUGCGGCUGAAGCUGGUGGAGGAAGAAGCCAACAUCCUGGGCCGGAAGAUCGUGGAACUGGAGGUGGAGAACCGCGGCCUCAAGGCGGAGAUGGAGGAUGCGCGGGGCCAGCACGAGCAGCGAGAGGGCCCGGGCCGGGACCAUCCGCCCGGCAUCCUUACCUCACCCUUUGGCGACUCGGUGGAGUCCUCCGCGGAGCUCCGCCGCCACCUGCAGUUUGUGGAGGAGGAAGCGGAGCUGCUCCGCAGGUCCAUAUCCGAGAUUGAGGACCACAACCGGCAGCUGACGCAUGAGCUGAGCAAGUUCAAAUUUGAGCCUCACCAGGAGCCGGCGUGGCCCGCGGAGAGCACGGGCAAGGGCGCUGGGACAGGGACGCCCCUGCAGGAGGAGCUGAAAUCGGCCCGGCUGCAGAUCAGCGAGCUGAGCGGGAAGGUGCAGAGGCUGCAGCACGAGAAUCGGGUGCUGCUGUCCAGCGUCCAGCGCUGCGACCUGGCCGUGCUCGGGGGGCCGCGCGCCACGAGCCCGCGGGACAGCUACGCGGAGAGCGACGCGGGCAAGAAGGAGAGCGGCGGGGAGGAGGGCCGCCCGUCGCAGCCCCGGAGGGAGGGCCCCGUGGGCGGGGAGAGCGACUCGGAGGAUACCUGCGAGAAGACGUCGGGCUUCGGCAGCGGGAAGCCGUCGGAGGCCAGCGAGCAGUGCCCGGCGGAGCUCCUGCGGGCGCGGGAGGACGCCGAGUGCCUGGCGGCCGUCAAGCACGAGGCGCAGCGGCUGGAGCGCACCGUGGAGCGGCUGCUCACGGACACAGACGGCUUCCUCCGCGACGCGGGGGCUGCGCUGGAACCCGGCGUCCAGGGCGAGGGUGCCCAGGACGAGCCGCACCUGCUGGGGACCAUCAGCACCAAGAUGAAGGCUUUCAGGAAGGAGCUGCAGGCCUUCCUGGAGCAGGUGAAUCGGCUGGGGGACGGGCUGUCCCCCGUGCCCCACCUCACCGAGUCCUCCAGCUUCCUCUCCACCGCGACCUCCGGGUCCCGGGACUCCCCCAUCGGGAACCUGGGGAAGGAGCUGGGUCCAGACCUGCAGUCCAGGCAGAGAGAGCAGCUGGAGUGGCAGCUUGGACCAGCCCUGGGGGACAAGAGGGACAGUCUGCGUCUUCAAGUUGCAAGGGAGCUGCACCGUCACGCUGAUGGGGACUCUGGGAGCGACGGGCCGGGAGGUCAGAGCUGCUUCAGCCUGGAGCUCAGGGGCUCCUCUGUUUUACCUGAGCAGAGUGUAUCCAUAGAGGAGCUCCAGGGUCAGCUCGCCCAGGCGGCCAGACUGCACCAGGAGGAGGCAGAGACAUUUACAAACAAGAUCCGCAAGAUGGAGGAGGACCACCUCUACGCUCUGAGGUGGAAGGAGCUGGAGGUGCACAGCCUGGCUCUGCAGAGCGCCCUGCAGGAGCGGACCUGGAGUGACGAGAAGCACCUGAUGCAGCAGGAGCUCCGCUCGCUGAAGCAGAACAUCUUCCUCUUCUACGUCAAACUCAGGUGGCUGCUGAAACACUGGCGGCAGGGGAAGCAGAUGGAGGAGGACGGCGAGGACGCAGCCCAGGGAGAGCACCCAGACACCCUCCCUAGGACCAGUGAGCUUGGAGUGCAGGGCGGGCACCAGGCAGACGGCUCAGACCGGGACGACGGCCAUCGAGGCUGUGGCUUCCCAGGGGGGGAGCGUUCCCCACACUCCCCAGUGCACACUGGAGACCACAGCUCACGGCUGCAGACCACGGAUGGGGGACAGCUCCACAGGCAGGUGUCGGAAAACCAGCAGCUGUUCAGUGCCCUCAAGGCCUUGCUGGAGGACUUCCGCUCCGAGCUGCGGGAGGACGAGCGUGCCCGGCUGCGGCUGCAGCAGCAAUACGCCAGCGACAGGGCGGCCUGGGACGUGGAGUGGGCCAUGCUCAAGUGCCGCCUGGAACAGCUGGAAGAGAAGGCUGAGAACAACUUGGGAGACCUAAGCUCUCCAUCGGAGAGCAAAGGAGCCUUGAAGAAGGAGAGGGAGGUGCACCAGCAGCUCCUGGCGGACAGUCACAGCCUGGUCAUGGACCUGCGCUGGCAGAUCCAUCACAGCGAGAAGAACUGGAACCGGGAAAAGGUGGAACUUCUUGACCGUCUGGACAGAGAUCGGCAGGAGUGGGCGCGGCAGAAGAAGGAGCUCUUGUGGAGGGUAGAGCAGUUGCAGAAAGAGAACAGUCCCCGGAGAAGUGGCAGUUUCCUCUGUGACCAAAAGGAAGGCAGUGGUGGCCCCUGUCCCCACCAGGGCAGCCUCCACAUGCCCCAUCCCAUGGCAGCGUGGCCGUGCACAGAGACCGAUUCCAUCUCAUUUGAAGACCGGCCACUGUCCAAGCUGAAGGAGUCAGACAGGUGCUCGGCCAGUGAGAACCUCUACCUGGACGCCUUGUCCCUGGACGACGAGCCGGAGGAGCCACCACCCUGCAGGCCUGAGAGGGAAUUCAGGAAUUGCCUCCCUGAGGAAGAAGAAAAUCACAAGGGGAAUCUUCAAAGGGCCGUGUCCGUGUCCUCCAUGUCUGAAUUUCAGCGUCUGAUGGACAUCUCCCCCUUUCUGCCUGAGAAGGGCCUGCCGUCCACCAGUGGCAAGGAGGAUGUCACUCCACCCCUGUCUCCAGAUGAUCUCAAGUACAUCGAGGAGUUCAACAGCAAGAGCUGGGAGUACACGCCCCCCAGGGGCCAUGGUGGGGCCGGGACCGAAAGGCCUACAGACCUCUGGGCAGAGAGGACCGAGGUGGGGCGGGCAGGGCAUGAGACCAGCACAGAGCCUUUCCCUGACUCUUCCUGGUACUUGACCACAAGUGUCACCAUGACCACUGACACCAUGACCAGCCCAGAGCACUGCCAGAAGCAGCCGCUGAGGAGCCACGUCCUCACAGAGCAGUCUGGGGUGCGUGUGCUGCACAGCCCGCCUGCUGUGCGCAGGGUCGACUGUAUCACCACAGUGGGCAACGAGGGCCCCUUCCCCACCAGCAGGGCCAGAGGGGGCCUGGGAGAUGCCAAGGGGGGCCCUCUGGAGCCCAUGCUUAGCAGAUGGUCCUGCACUCCCCCCAGACAUCCCCGAGACUACACAGAGGGGGCAUGGCGCCCCCUCGACACACCCCUCUGCACCUCCCUGGGGUUUGCCUCCCCGUUGCACAGCCUAGAAAUAUCCAAGAACAUGAGUGAUGACAUGAAGGAGGUUGCCUUCUCUGUCAGGAAUGCCAUCUGCUCUGGUCCUGCCGAGCCACAAGUCAAGGACAUGGCCUGCCAGACCAACGGGUCCCGGACCACAGGGACACAGACCGUCCAGAACACCAGUGUGGGCCUGCAGACUGAAGCCCUGCGUGGCAGCACUGUCACCAGCAGCCCCCACAAGUGUCUCACGCCAAAGGCAGGGGGCGGCACCACCCCCGUGUCAUCUCCUUCCCGCAGCCUUAGGAGCAGGCAGGUGGCCCCUGCCAUUGAAAAGGUGCAGGCCAAGUUUGAACGCACGUGCUGCUCCCCUAAGUACGGUUCUCCCAAAUUGCAGAGGAAACCGCUCCCCAAAACUGACCAGCCAAAUAACAGGACUUCCCCAGGGAUGACCCAGAGAGGGUACAGUGAGUCGGCCUGGGCACGCUCCACCACCACCCGGGAGAGCCCUGUGCACAACACCAUCAACGACGGCCUCUCCAGCCUCUUCAACAUCAUCGACCACAGCCCCGUGGUGCAGGACCCCUUCCAGAAGGGGAUACGGGCCGGUGGUCGUUCUCACUCAGCAGAACCCCGACCAGAGCUGGGCCCAGGCCAGGAAACAGGCACUAAUUCCCGAGGAAGGUCGCCCAGCCCCAGUGGGGUGGGCUCAGAGAUGUGCAAGGAGGAAGGGGGCGAGGGCACACCUGUGAGGCAGGACUUAUCCGCUCCACCUGGCUACACACUCGCUGAGAAUGUGGCCCGGAUCCUCAACAAGAAGCUGUUGGAACACGCCUUAAAGGAGGAGAGGUGGCAGGCUGCCCACGGCACCCCGAGUCUUAACAGUGACAGCCACUCGCUGGGGGACACGAUGGAGCCGGGGUCCAUGGAGGAACUACCAUGUUCUGCGCUAGCUCCAUCCCUAGAGCCCUGCUUCUCCAGACCCGAAAGACCAGCAAACCGUCGCCUUCCGUCCCGAUGGGCCCCACAUUCCCCCACUGCCUCACAAUUUCAUUUGCCUGGAGACCCGGCGUCCUUGGAGGAGCGUGGUGACCAGGAGCUGCCCGAGGAGAAGCCGAGCCGCGACGCAAGCUUGCACGGAGUGUCACAGAGCAGCCCGCUGUGACGGUGUGACUGCACCAUCACCAAGAACCAGACUCGGCCCCCAAGGAGAGAUCCAGUUUUCUCAAGGUCAAAGAAUGUUUUUAAAAAACAAACAGCUGCUGAAUGUUCAACCUGUGAAACUGAGAUGUUUCCAGAAUGAAACAGUAAACGUGCCUGUAAUAACUUAAUUUUUUUCAUAGCUCAGAUAACUAUUUUUGUCUCCAUCUUUUUUACACACAGUAUAUUAAACAAAAGGUAAAUAAGGUAUAAAUAGAUAUAAAAAAUUAAAGUUUUAAAAAUGUACAUUUUAAGAGAUUCCAAAUACCCUUGCUCUGGAUCCCCGACUGCCUCUCUGUUUAAUUUGCACUGUUACAUUUUGGGUUGGUUUAUUGCCAUGUUGCAUUAGUGUGUUUUAAGUUAAUAUUAUUUUGUCAGUGUUACUAUUUUUUAAGAAUUUUUUAAAUGCUUCAGACUGUGUGAUUCGGUGAACUUUUUGUAGUGAAAAAGCCAUGAAGCCCGUAGGCAAGACAGAUACUCCAGACACUGGAGAGGAUAAAGGACCGCAUUGGUGACAAGGCACAGUCCUCAGAAGGGCUUGGACAGUCGCUGUAUAAACCACGUAUCCCUCUACCCGACUUGCACGCCUUCGGUGCACGUACACAACUGCUGCUGUGUCCUCGCCGUCACCUAAAUGUGACUCCGUCUGUUCCACUGUAACACAUUGUGAAUUUCCUUGUACUUUUAUUGUUGGUCUUCUUGCAUUGACGAUACCACAGCAACAACAUUUUUAAAUUAUUGUUAAAAGAUUAACUGGCAAUGUACAGCGUUGACUCACAAUUUUAUUGUUUAAGGAAAAACACUCUUAAAAAGUCAUGAGGAUACCAAAUUGAAACAAAUGCUGGUGCGUCUAAGUCUGUAUGAAACCACCGCAGAGUAGAAAUAAAGCCUUUCUGAGAUGGC